AUGGCAAACACCUCUACAACCAACAAAGCUCCAGCAGUCUCCACAACACAACUCGACCACAUCGUCCUCCUCCUCUCACCCUCUGAAUUCCAAAGCUUGCCCUCCUGGCUCUCAAAUAACUUCGCCAUCUUCGAAGGCGGCACCCACACCCAAGGAACCUCCCAAAACAAGCUCAUAAUCUUCAAAGACGGCACUUACCUCGAACUCUUCAGCUGGAUCGACCCACAGCCCGAUGGCGUCGAGCCAUACGCAGAUUUCCCCGGCUGGGCGAAUCAGCCCGAGAACCAUGUUAUUGACUGGGCGUUGACGGGGGAUGGUGCGCAGAGUAAGUAUGAGGAUGUUGUUGAGUGUUUGAGGAGGAUUGAUGCGGAUGGUGGGGAGGCAGGUGUGACGUAUGAUGAGCCGAAGUCAGGUGGGAGGAGGCGGAAAGAUGGGGAGGAGUUGAGAUGGGUUACUACGCGGCCGAGAAGUACGCGUGACCAUGAAGGAGACGGCUCACGACGUCCUAAAGUGCCGUUCUUCUGCCAUGAUGUGUCGCCGCGUGUAUUGAGGGUGCCGUAUACGGAAGGUGCGGUGGCUGGCAGGUCUGGUAUUGUCAAUCACCCUUGUGGAGCUGUCGGUAUUGCUGGAAUCACAAUUGAGGUACCACAGGAUGAUAUCAACGUCUUGGCGAAACUAUAUGGCGCUUUACUUGGGACUGAGGCUGUCACCUCGGCUGAGGGCGACGGAGCUACUUACGAUUUCAAGCUAGCGACGCCAGAGCAGGCGAGGAAGCUGGAUGUUACAGAUCAGCAGGGAUCAGGGUCCUUAGCUGAACCUUGCGUGGUUCGGUUGCAAGCUGUUGAGACAGAGACCCCUGUUCCAGCUGGUGGAUUACAGAAAUUAGUACUUCGGAAAGAGGACAAGACCGAAGGACAACAACAAGAACGGCUCAGUCCGGAGGGAUUUGGCACGCCCAUCUAUCUGUGCUGA